AUGGCUGCCCGCAACAAAUCCGUCGCCAUGCUCAAGGCGCUGCUGGUCAGGAUUCCGUUGAUUCUCAAGACUCUCGUCUUGCAUGGACUCUACCUGUCUCCAGUCUCUGGCAAACAGGAUCUGCGCACGGAACUGACCGUCGCCAUUAUCCGCUCCUUUCUCGACAUCUCCAUGCCUGUCGGCAAACAGCAGCGGGUGUUGACCCGCGACCCGGGGAUCAAGGGACCCAUGUGGGUGUCCAAGGUCACCCUGCCGGCACCUGAAGACGAUGUCAAGGAUGCAGUGAUCAAGGCGAUCGACGAGUUGAAGACCUCCGGUGCGGAGACGUUUGAAGUACCCCCCGUGCGUCCCGUCGAAGCAGAAUGGACGGGGUAUCGCAGCGGUGUCGACAAGAAGGCCCCGCAGCCCAACUUGUCAGAGGAAGAAAAAUACAGGGAGCUCCGGAAGGAGUCGAAGUCGGACAUGGUCAUCCUGUAUAUCCAUGGAGGUGCACUCCUGAUGGAUCCCGCUACACACCGUAUCCCCGUUGCGCGUCUGUCAAAAUUGACCGGGGCUCCUGUCUUGUCCGUGCGAUAUCGCCUGGCACCUCAGAACCCAUUCCCGGCUGCGCUGGUGGACGUUCUGGUGGCAUAUCUGUCUCUCAUCUCACCACCACCGGGAUCUCUGCACGACGCGGUUCCUGCCGGCAAGAUCGUCCUUGCGGGUGACUCUGCUGGCGGCAAUCUGAGUCUGGCACUCCUACAGACACUCCUCACGCUGCGUCGGAUAGCCCCCAGCAUUCGAUUCCACGGCAAGGAUAUCCCUAUUGAGCUGCCAGCGGGCCUGGCCCUCAGUUCGCCCUGGUGCGACUUGACCAGGUCCAUGCCCUCGGUGCGCGACAAUGCCAAAUUCGAUUACAUCAUUCCUCCACACGAGCCGCCAGAGACUCUCUAUGCGCCUCCUCCGCAUCAACCGGACGAUGUCUGGCCGCGGUCGCCUCCACGCGUGGACAUGUACUCGGACGCCAACAUGGUGGCGCAUCCAUUAGUAUCUCCUCUUGCUGCUCGAAAGGAGCUCUGGAAGGGUGCACCUCCAUUGUAUAUCGGAAUGGGUGAGGAGGGUCUGACUGACGAGGGUCUGCUCCUUGCCCGCAAGGUGCACCAAGCCGGCAGUUCCGUAAUUGUGGACCAGUUCGAGGGCAUGCCGCAUUGUUUCGGACUCAUCAUGCUCGGAACGCAAGCGGGCAGGCGAUUCUACCAAAACUGGGCGGAUUUCUGCCGAGACGCCGUGGCCGGCCGGGUGAAAGAAGAAGAAGAAAAAGGGAAGGCCGGAGUGGGAUACCUGACUGUCCACCGGUACGGGCUGCGGUCGACGAAGCAGAUUCCUCUGGACGACGUGCACCCAUUUGAUGACGAGGACGUCGAGAGGCGGAUUCACGACAGCAUGAGGCGACGCGUCGAGGGCGAGACGGCGCUUGUGAAUGAAUGGCGAGUGAAAGCGAAGCUGUGA